UUGUGACCAGACUCUUUGCAUUUGACUUCGUCCCCAACCGCGCGCCGAGCGACUGGGGACCCGACAAUGGAUUUGAACUACUUGGACUACCUGGGGAUCCGAGUCGCCCUCGGCGCGACGUUGCCAGCGCUUGGUCAAACAGAUCUACCUGCGGUGACAGCGAGUGAGGUCGAGGCCUUUGAAACCCAAUCGGACGAGGACGAGGAGCUCUUUCGCUCUGGGGAUCUCAUCGUUCCAUCUACCCUGAAGAGUGAGUUCUUUGAGGUGGACUUCUCUUUGCACUCCGUGGCGCCUCCCAGCUUUGCCGCCAGCGUGAUGGCGUUGGAUGGGUGCUGCUUGCCACUCGCGCAGGGAUGCUUGUGACCACUGAGGAUUUGAGCCUUUCCGCGGUGGCAGAGGUCCUAAGCUGCUUCCAGCCACUGCAAGGCUUAGAGAGGCAAAGCUUCCUCUCUGCCCCACAGCUGCCACGGCUCUUGCGGGCGGUGCCGCCUGCCUCGGCGCUGUGCAAGACCUUUGCUGCUGCAAAGGUGCACGGCUAUCGAGUCGCUUUCAGUGGUCCCUGCAGGUGCGAAGAAUUCGUGUGCAGCUACUUCGAUGCCAUGUGCGAGGACCUGCAGCUGAAGUCCUGCGACUUUGAGAAGCUUUAUCUCCUCCAUGAGGCGCUGCCUUCAGUUUACAGCUUGCAUACUGACUCUCGCUUGGUUCUGGGCAGCACCUUUGUGCGCAUCCAGGAGUACUACGAAAGCCCAGAUGCGCAAAUCAGACAUCAUGCCUUCGAGUUGGAUCAGUACAAGGAUUGGUACCGGAAGCGGCACGGGAAAGGCUUCGACUACUAUUUGGAGUGGCCAGGUUUCAACGUUCCCUCCUGGGUCUUGAAUGACCUUCGUGAUGGAAAGGUCGGCUGCAAGCUGCGGCCCCAGGAGGAAGCACUCCUGAAGGUUUGGCCAUCCUGUGGUCAGUACCUCAUCGGCAGCUGUGAGGAGGACAUGGAGACUCUUCAACAUGAAAUGGCACAUGGGCUCUAUGCCACCAAUGAAGCCUACCGCGAGGCUGUGACUCAAAGUUUGGAAGACCUCCCGCAAGGCCGGUGGCAAGUGAGCCGGCAGCGGCUGCUGGAGCUAGGCUACGCAGAUGACCCGGCGAUUCUGAAUGAUGAGAUCCAAGCUUACAUGGUCGAGGGAAAGUGCUUCUACGAGGAGGGCGAGCUUGAUUGCCCUAUCACAGGCCACCUGACUGCACGUCAAAGGGCAGACCCUUUUCAUGUUUUUCUCAUCAACGGGUCUUAAGCGCAUAGCCGUUUUGGCAAGUAGCAGAGGCCGGUCCAGACCGGCCUGCUCGUCCCCCAGGAGAGGUGCAGGCCGCGAUCCGGCGGAGCUUUGAAGAUGCCAG